UUUAUAAUUAGUUUUGAAUGUAUUUGCAGAAUCAUUCAGGAUCAUCAUAUCAAGUACUUCCAUGUGUAUGGUGUUGUGGUUCGUCAUUUGGCUGAGAAAAACCAAGUAACUGAUAUUGAGAGGUUGGUAAAGUGCAUCCAGCAGUCAGGCCUUUCUGUGGCAGAAACUUCAGCUUUGUGUGAUAAUGUUCUGACUGCUGCAUUGCAAGUAUUCUCAGAGAAAGGGGAACUACAUGUUGGAGAAAAUCUAGUCAAACUUAUGACUAGUGUUUCAGCAAAGAUAUCAGUAUACAUUGAAACACAUCAGCUGAAAUCAGCAUAUCUCCUUGCUGUGAAGAAUGAGAGAUUUGAAGACAUUCAUAGAAUUAUGAAUGAAGCUAAACGAUUGGGCCAGACAUCAAUUCAGAGGAUUUGUGCCCAAAAAUUAAAUUUGCCUAUGUGAAUGAAAACUAUAAUAAAAUUGACUGUGAUAUUUUUUUCAUUUGUUGUUGCUUUGUUGUGUCUUUUUGAAUUGCACAACAUUUUAUUAGACAUGUAAAAAUAAUGUUAACAAUUCUGCUUUCAAUUUUCCUUUGUCUUCCAGUGUAUUGAAAUUAAAUCAUUAUUCAAUUGAGGAACAUGAAGAAAAUAUUUUGAGAAGGCCUUUUUUUGAGAAUUUAUUAUUUGAAAAUAUUUUUAGAAUUUAAAUGUUGCAAGGAUUAAUAUUUUCAUUUUGUAAAAUUUGGUAUUUGUAUUUUUGUGUGUGUGUGAACCUACCAAAGAUAUGUAAAAUGAAUUUAUAGAUAGGCCUUACAUAAUAUCACUCGUGAGAAAAAACUUUCUGACGUGAUAAUAUAUUAUGAUCUAAGCCUGUGAUUUGCAUGCUGUACUCAUAAACUGCUCUUAAUUUAGUGCUUCUGGGCAUUGUGCAUGCCAGUUGAUAUAUUCUGGAGAUUAAUGUGAUAUGAUAUUUUUGCAAAAUAAUAUUUUUCAAUACUCCAAUUUAAAUUCUUGUUUCUCUUUGAAUUAAUUGAUACAGUGUUUGGAGAUGUUUCGUCAUUUUUUCUUUGUGAUUCAAUAAUUUGAAUGAGGCAUUCCGAUUUGCAUGCUACUCAAUAUUUGAAAAAAAACAAGGCACUUAUCUAACCUUAGAAUUUGACUUGUUGCUGUUGUUGAAUAUUUGUUAUGUUUUGUAUAUGAAAUGUAAUAUUUGUAAUUUAUGUAUUCUUAUUUACUCAGAUUUGUUAAAUACUUCAAUUAUAUAAAAUUACAUUUUUCUCUUGCAAACCUUUCACCAAUGUAACCCAUACACAAUUUAAAUAAUUUUCACAAUAAUACUGUGAAAAUACUUUCAAAUUAAGUGAAUACUGUAAUCAGUAAUGUCUUAGCACAACUUUCAUUCCUGUCUAAAAAUAUCUUGUUGUCUUAGUAGCCAAUGGCCAUAUUACUUCAAGGACAGCUUUCUGAAGUUGUGCAAUUCUACAAAAAUAUGAAUGUUCCUUUCAUGAAGUACAUUUACUAAAUUUACUCUUGUAUGAA